CCCCCGCCCCGCGCUCCAGACCCCUCCCCUUCCACUUUCCAAACUAUUUAGCAUCCGAAACCGGGAUAAAGUUUCCCCAAAAUUUGAAGGAAAACCCUCCCCGCCAAAGGAGCUGCAUGCCAGCAGAGAGCGAACCCAGGGUGUCCAAAAACGCGGCGCGGCCCCCCUCCCUCACCCUGAAGGAUUUCUACCCACUCGUGGAACCACGGCUUCAAAGGUGGACGGCGUCUUUUCCUCUCUUUCCCUGCAUUUCUUCAAGAAAGAAAUGGAAGAGGGCUCCGGUUCUCCGGUCUCCCCUGUGGAUAGUCUGGUGACCAGCGAGGAGGAGCUGGACCGGCAGCAGAAGCGCUUCGCGAGGAAGAGGAGGCACAGCAAGAAGUCCAGCGAGGACAGCAGCGGGAGCAGCCCGGGCCCGGUGAAGAGGGCCAAGAAGCCCAGUCCGAGCAGCACUCAAUCCUACGAAGAGCUGCAGAACCAGCGCGUCCUGGCCAACGUCCGGGAGCGGCAGCGGACUCAGUCUCUCAAUGAGGCCUUUGCGUCUUUGCGCAAAAUCAUCCCCACGCUGCCGUCGGACAAACUCAGCAAGAUCCAGACGCUGAAGCUGGCGUCCAGAUAUAUCGACUUUCUCUGUCAGGUGCUGCAGAGCGACGAGAUGGACAGCAAGAUGUCCAGCUGCAGCUACGUGGCGCACGAAAGACUCAGUUACGCCUUCUCCGUGUGGAGGAUGGAGGGCGCCUGGUCUAUGUCAGCACCUCACUAGCGGCGGGAGAGCCUCUCCUCACGAUGCCAAAGCGACUGUUUACAUCCACAAACCAAAGGGAUUUUUUUGGAGAAACCCCUCGACCUCAAAGGCGUGGCGGAGAUACGUAACGUGACCCGUUCCCCCUAUCCUGCGCGUGUGCGCGUGCGUGAGACUGUCCCGUGAGGACAGACAGAUCUGCAGGACCAAAACCAGCAUUUCUAUAAAGAAAAGGGAAAAGGGAGAAGAUUUUAUUUUUCCAAGACUCUAAAGCAAAGUUGGAAUAUAUUAAGAUGUAGAUACAAAAUAUUUGAAUUCAUAUUGUACAUAUUUGUGUUAUUAUUUCCUGUAAGGGGACCAAUGCAAUUAGGAAGCUUUGGCUGCAUGGAUUUAGUUCCUCCAAACUCCGUCCACUUUUCAUUGUGCUUAUUUAUUAAAAAAAGGGAUUUUUUGAAGGAAAUGUGCUUCACUUUUUUAUUUUUAUUUGUAUAAAAGCAAAAAAACUCAGCUAAAUUCAAUGAAAUAAAAAAUAAAUUAGACAGUUACUUAGAUAAACUUGUUUUUUUUUUCAUUUCUCCUUCAAAGUGCCCUUUUGCCCUCCCCCUCUCCGCUUGUGAUGGAAAACCAAAGCUUAAAAAACAGACCAUAAAAAAAUACGGCUUCAUUAACAGUGGAGGAAACUCGGGCCAGUUUUCAAACUCAGCCACAUAAAAUGUUUGUCCGCUCAAAUAACGGGUAAUCAUUUCAAAUGCCUCUGCGCUCCUUAACGAGCGGGAGCCCCAAAGAGCCCAGAUAAGCACGGAAACGCCGCCUGGAGCCACAGGAGAAGGGGAGGAGGGACCCCAACGAGACUGAAGACAUUCCUUUGAAUCUCUCCUAAUACAUCCAAACUGUUUAAAUCCUGCUUUCCCAGACUUGAUGCAAUCUAAACACUGAAAAAAGAGGCUUUUGUCUGCCAGGGUAAAUGCUAAACCCCAAAUCUGACCUUCAAGAAUCAAAGCUCUGUUUCAGAAAGAGUUUGCAACUUUACAUGUUUCAUGACCUUUAACUUGUUCUGGGUUUAUGCGGCUGCUCUGUCCUGACCCUUUCCACACAGUGUGAAAACAGAAAUACACUUCAAAUCAGAUUAAGGAAUGUAAUCUGAUCCAAAAAGCUGCAAUUUUCCCAGAGUUUAUGCAAUAACAGGCCAGAUCCUCCCCGAGAUCUCUCACAACAAGUUCCCUUUCGGCACGGUGGUCCUGGAUGCUGCUGGGCCGGCCUUCCUACCGAGCCCCACUGAUCCAUAGGAGCCCGUUUGAUACCCGCUCAUUAUCCCGGGCCCUCGCAUCCGAGCGGCUCACAAUCACCCGGGGGCCACAGCUCCAGAGCUGCGAGAGAUCCAGAUGUUUCCCGUAAAAUCAGACGGAAAAAGCUACAAAACUUUAAUUUGCAGUAAAAAAAAAGGAAAAAAAGGGGGGGAUGAAGGUUUACUAUUGGUGCGCCUCAAGAAUAUAUAUAAAAAAAAAAAAAAAUCACCUGAUUCAGUCAGGCUUCAAAAAUGCUCAUUUUUUUAUUCUCUUUUUGAUAUUAAGAAUUUGUAUCAGACGGAUACGAAGAAAGGAGUU